AUAUGUACCUACGCAUUGUUCGGCUUAUAGUAAUUUUUCUUUUUUCAUCAUGUUUUACCAGAAUUGUAAAUGCCUACGACAUACGAAAUCAUCCGUGUUGUCAAGAACCGAGCGAGAAUAUAUCCCUGGCUAUGAUCAUCGACGCUUAUGAGAUCUACGGCCACGAUCCCACUGAUAAACUGGACCAUUUGGCGCAUUAUCAGAUCGAAAUGAUGAAGAUUAAGAGAGCUCCUGAUCAGUUCAUAAUCAAUGAACACGUGCAUAUUGCAACGGAUCAUCUCGCAAGAUUUAUUACUAUGCACAUUAAGGAAUUAAAGGUAUUAUUAAUCGCUUUGGACGAUACAAUAGACAAUAUGUUGACGAUGUACGAUAACCACAAUGCUAUAAAAACAGAAAGGGUUGCCACGUAUAACUCUGGAGCUGGAGGUGCUGUUCCUUCGGAAUUUUAUUUAAGUCAAGAAUUUUACUGUGGUAAGAAUGUAUAUAUAUUUAUAUCCGAGCUAUACAGCGAUAUAUAUAACAUCGGAAGAGGUAUCACUCCCCACUGUAGGGGUCGAGGCUUCCAUUUCUUGGGCUUUGUCCACUUCAUGGACGAUAACAAGUACUUUCUUGAAGAAGAUCCGAGUGUCGCGUUCGAAAUGGACAAUUACAUACACGGAUUGGAAUGUCACCUUGGCAUUUGCAUAUUUAGAUUUCCGUUCAAGAAGAGCCUCCAGCACGUUAGGGACGUGUCAUCGCUUCCAAAGGCGAUCGUUAAAUGCGGUCUCGUGAUGUACAAACUACCGCCAUUAACCGCUGUUUCGUGUAUCAUCACGUCGGGCUCGUUUAUAUUGGACUUCAAUGUUCAAGGCAUACGCUUUAGACACUAUGAUUACAUGUUGUUUUUACCAAACGGACACUCAUACUACACGAAAGAGAAGUUCACCCCUCUAGUAUGCGACCACCACGUGUGCGAGUGGAACAACACUAACUUUUAUGGAGGUCCCUUUAUUAUCCCGGGAGAUCCCGGUACGGGAUUAUCCCCUAUACCACCAUUCAUCGAACAGACUACAGAAGCGUACCAUCUCUCCACCGAACCACCUGGACAUGAAUUUGCAAAUAUUACAUAUUCGUUGGACGGUUGCUGGUUCAUGUUCCCGCCUAACUACGGCUCCAUAGCCGGCGUCAGCUACCUCGACCCGCUCACCGUCAACGAGUACAGAUACACAUGCUCGGGAGCAGGAAACAAUAAGGGUCUAUAUUGGUAUCCUCAAUGGAUGGGGGCGCCCCCUCAUCAUCCGUAUCAACGUUCUGGAGACACCCCAUCAGAACUAAACGCAGGCGUGCCAGGUGCAUUUUAUCCACACUUGCAAGGAGAACUACCAUCGGAGCUAAAUUUACCGUCACGAAAAAAUGGAAACGAUUAAAUAUUAUCAAAAAACAUGUG